AUGUCAACCACGAUCUAUUACGAUUGGGUCCAAGUCGUCGAUCCCAUCUCGCAUCGCACAUUCUUUGCCAACCCUACUACAGGAGAAUGGCUCACCGACAAACCAGAUUGCGGGACAAUCAAACCUGUCGACCCUGAAGGCGGAUGGUGGGAAUUAUGGGAUGAUAUCAAAAAGAUGCCAUAUUACUAUCAUACAACGACAAAUCAAACACGAUGGAUUCAUCCUCCAGCACCUGUCAUAUCCUUGGUUAAGAUUCAACAAGAGUCCAACAUUCAAUUACAUGUGGCACGACCUGCUGAUGAAAGUUGCAGUCUACUUGAUGAUACAAUCCCCAAACGCAAUAGCCGAUCAUUGGAUUUGACACCCAUGCGUACAACGGUUGUCCCACCUACCAGCAAACAUCAACGUUCACCAUCCGAUGGCACCGGCAGUAUACGACAUGCUCCUUCUACAAACAACAACACCACCACCACAGCAAUGUGUCAACGACAAGAUUCACAAAACUCAUUAUCGGAUGUAUUACCUGGAAGCAGCUCAUCUGGUCUAUUUGGUUUUAGAUGGGCUCGUAAACAAAGUGUGUGCUCCGAAGAAAUUGCUGGACCCAUGCGCCGUUUAUCGACAUUUUCCGCUCUUAAACACACAACACCUUGGAAGAAUUUGGUCACUCGAUCCGUUGCAGUGAGCUCACCUGUCAACAAUCCAGAUGCAGCUGAAGUAAUGCGACCUGGUGUUUCUUGUUCUUCAACCGAUUCAUGCAUUGUGCAUGGAGGAUGUCUGCUGGAUCAGGCUACCAUCAACGACCACCAUACUACUACAACAACAACAACAACCAUGAUGAUGGGAGGAGAAACACGUAAAAAACCAGCACUCCCUACCAACUUGCAACAAGAAAUCACCCAAUUUGCUAUCGAUGGAUUCGCCAAAAAAUACUUUGCAACCCAUAAGCGAGGAUUGAUCUUUCGACGACAAGUUCCCAUGAAUGAAAUGUUGCAGUGGACACGCGAUGGCAUUAAGCAACCUUUGAUGAUGUUGAAUCGCGAUCUUCACAAGGACGCUCUAAAGUGCUUCAAGACCAUUCAAACCAUCAUGGGUGAUCGACCACGUCAUCGACAAUCAAGCGAGAUUGACGAAUACCAAUACAUUCUAAGUUGUGGUAUCAGCAAAGGCCAAAUGCGAGAUGAGAUCUACGUCCAACUUUGCAAACAGUUGCACAAGAAUCCAACCAUCAAGAGCAUUCAAAAAGGCUGGGAAAUUUUAUGCGUGGUGAGCAUGACUUUUCCUCCAUCCAAGAAUUUGGAAUCCUAUCUCAACAACUUUGUCGACCAGCACAAGAAAAUGACAUGUGCCAACAAGGUGGAUAUCAUGAGCGAGCAUGUGUCAAGAAAAUUGGAACGUAUAUGCGCACGAGGAGCCAAGGGAAAGGUCUUGACGGCAGCUGAAAUUGAUCGAGCCAAGGAGGCACCCUUUAAACCUUCCGUCUUUGGUGAAAGUCUCGAUUUGAUCAUGUCAUUACCGAUCCAUUGCGACAAUGGGCUCAAGUUACCCAAGAUCGUACCUUUUUUGGCAGAUGCUGUGCUACAACUCAACGGCAAGCAUUCGGAAGGCAUUUUUCGUGUCCCUGGAGAUGCAGAAGAAGUGACCGACUUGCGCAUUCGCAUUGAGAAUGGCAACUACGACGCAUGCGGUAUCACGGAUCCCAAUGUUCCCGCAUCACUACUCAAAUAUUGGUUACGUGACCUUGAAAAGCCAUUGAUUACUGCAGAGUACUAUGACAAAUGUAUCCAAUGUGCCGAGAAUCCUGAGGAAGCGAUUGCUAUCGUGAAUGCAUUACCUGAAGUGAACCGACGUAUUGUCAUGUACAUGAUUGCUUUUGUACAGGACUUUAAUCAAGAAGAUGUGACCCAGCAUACACGAAUGAAUGUGCAUAAUCUUGCCAUGGUGUAUGCACCCAACUUUCUCCGAUGUCCUUCAGACUCGCUUACCACCGUGUUUGAGAAUUCAAAGUAUGAACAAGCCUUUGUCAGGACCUUGAUCACAAACCUCGAGACCGAUAAACACGCUUGUGCUUAUGCCGAUAUUUGCCCCACUGGUAUCAUCAUGAAGAAGCAGCAUUAA